UGAAAGAUAAACAAAAACUAGGGUAUACAUUGACACACAAUAGGCUUGCCAGCCACUGCUUUUACAGAGUAGGUAUUUCAUCACACCCUUGGAGUUACCAAGACAUGACUGCAGCAAAUGAGAGUACAUGAAUUACAAUUGAAACGGACGAUACAUCCUGACAAGGAGAUUGGAUUUGGCACUUUGUGUAUGACUGGUAAAUCACUCUUGCUAUUAUAUAUCUGCCUGUCAGCUGGGAGAAAUGAAUCCAGCAGUUCAAGGUGCGAAUGGGGUCGUUGUCAUGACCCAGGUGUAUCCACAGGUUGAUGCCAGAGGUCUUCAACAGAAUGCAUCCCUCUGUACAUCUAAAUUAUGCAAAAUGUCAGUACAAGUGAAGGAAUUCAUGAAGGGAGAGCCAAGAGCCCUUGGGACUACACAGAUACUGAUUGGGAUAAUGAACAUUCUUUUUGGAAUUGUACUGGCUUUUACUGAAACAUCUAUCGCUGUGUUCUCAGGAGUGCCUUUCUGGGGUGGGCUGCUGUAUAUUAUUUCUGGAUCUCUGUCUAUAGCUGCUGAAAAACAUGACAGUGUUUGCCUGGUGAAAGGAAGUCUGGGAAUGAAUAUUGUGAGUGCCAUAGCAGCAGGCACUGCAGUCAUUCUGUAUAUCAUCGAUGCAUCGUUCCAGUACUAUCACUGCUCAUAUUACAAUAACUAUGGUGGCAAUUCCUAUGGUGGCAGUUCCUAUGGUGGAAGCUACUAUGACUAUUAUAACAGUUGUUCAGAACUACAGUAUAUUCUGACUCCAACUUUGAAGUGUUUGAAGUCUAUUAUGUUUUUCUUCUGUCUCCUUGAAGUCUGCAUUGCCAUUUCACUGUCUGCGUUUGGUUGUAAAGCCACUUGUUGCACAAAAAGCAGUUCUCCACAGCCUGUAAUACUGAUGCAGAAUCCACAGGUAUCGCAAGCUGUUCCUUUCAUUUCUGCACAAGCUCCCCAAAUGUUUCCAGCACAGCAAGUUCCUCAAACGUUUUCACCUCAGCAGACUCAUCAGAUGUUUCCUCCACAACAGAACCCCCAGGCCACACAGUUCUCGCAGCCUCCAGUGUAUCCUCAGAUCCCUCCAUGGAAUGCAGAUUCUGGUUCAGCCCCUCCUGCAUAUCAUGAUCAAUCUUAUAUGAACAAAACUGGCACUGUCAAUCCUGCUUUUUGAAUAUAUAAUCACACAAGUCUUAGUCGCUGACCGACAUCUGAGUAUUUUAUCUUACCAAAAACAUGGAAAGAACUAUCCAGUUUUGCUCUGCUUUUGUUAACCUUUUAGAAUAGUAACUGCUGCUUCUUAAUGUUUCUUCAUGCAGAGUGCAAAAAGACUGCAUGGAUGCUUUUCUUAAAACUGUUUCUAUUACAAA